UGACAACUGCUGCAACAGGAGCGCUAACAGUAUUCAGAGAGACAAAGUAUUUUCAAUUAUUGUAGUACUUGUAGGAGGGAGAAAUGCAUUUGUAGUUCUUCUACUUGUGGUAACAGGGAGUAUUUUUUAUUUUUUGUUGUAAUAAUGUCUAAAUAUUAGUCAUAUUUGUAAAUAUAGUUCUAAAGAUAUUUGUAGUUUUACGAUAAAUCUUCUUUGUGCAUUUAGAGUCAACCUGAUUGUCAGCGGCUCCAGUGGUUAUAUUAGAACUAUAGAAGUUUUGACUGCAGGUGUAGUAAGUAAAGUAAAAAGAGACCCAGAGUCAGACAGAAGAGAGAAUAGUAAAAUGCAAGACUACGAGGAGUCAGUGUCGUUCCUGGGGACCUGGGGCCCGUUCCAGAAGAGAGUUUUCUUCCUGCUCUGUCUCACCUCAAUCCCAGGUGGAUACAACCUCCUGUGCGUCAUCUUCCUGCUGGCUACGCCCCCCCACCACUGCCAUAUCCCCGCCCACAGCAACAUGAGCCAGGACUGGAUCGAGGCCAGCAUCCCAGUACAGCAGGUGUCCGGGGGGCAGCCGGAGACGAGCAGUUGUAGCCGGUAUAAGCUGGACCUGGUGCACAACCUGUCAAGUCCAGAGGACCUCCUGAAGCAGGAGGGCUGUAGAGAUGGAUGGACCUACAGUACUGAGUACUACGAGUCUACUGUAGUCAGUGAGUUCAACCUGGUGUGCAGCGAUCAGUGGAAGCAGCCUCUGACCUCCCUUGUCUACUUCCUGGGAGGACUCACCGGAUGCUUCGUCUCUGGACAGAUCUCUGACCGGUUUGGCAGGAAGCCUGUUCUGUUCGGGGCCAUCAGCACACUGAGCAUCUUCAGCAGCGCUGUGGCCUUCGCACCGUCCUGGCCCGUCUUCACCGUGCUCUUCUUCAUGCUGGGCCUGGGUCAAAUCACCAGCUACAUAGCUGGGUUUGUACUGGGUUCAGAGCUCCUGAUGGGUUCGACCAGAGUUCUCUUCUCCAGCCUCUGCUUUCCUAGCAUGUACGUGUUGGGUACAAUGAUGCUGCCUGCCACUGCCUACCUGGUCAGGAGCUGGAGACACCUGUCACUGGCCUUGGCUGUGCCAGGCCUGGCCUGUCUCCCCUUGUGGUGGCUGAUUCCAGAGUCUCCUCGCUGGUUGGUGUCUCGUGGCCGCUUUCAUGAAGCAGAACUCGUGCUGAGGUCAGCGGCUCUGGAUAACCGAGUGGAAGCUCCAUAUGUCAUCUUUAUCCCAGCCAACGUUGAAAAAGCAACAAGUGAGAAGGUAGAGUCCCCCAGUUUCCUGGACCUGCUGAGGACAGCAAACAUUCGAAAUGUGACACUUAUGUUGUGGCUCAUCUGGUUUUCUUUAAAUGUAAGCUAUUUUGGAUUGUCAUUCAACAUGUCUGGUCUCUAUGGCAACCCCUUUCUGAACUAUUUCCUGUCGAUGGCUGUCGAGCUGCCAGCGUACGGUGCCAGCUGCCUGGCUGCACGCAGUCUUCCUCGCCGCCUCUCAUGUAUCAGCUUCACCCUGCUCGGGGCGCUAGCUCUACUCCUCAUCCAGAUCACUCUGUACAGUCAUCCAGCCGUCACCCUAACACUGGUGCUGCUGGGUAAAUUUGGUAUUAUAGCCGCCAUCGGGGUGUUGUACAUGUUCACUGGUGAGCUGUCUCCCACAGUCAUCAGGAACACAGCAAUGUCCUCUUGUGCCACGUUCUCCAGACUGGGGUCCUCUGUUUCCCCGUACCUACUGCAGCUGGCUGUAUUCAAUCAGUUCUUGCCGUGGAUCAUUGUGGGUUCUCUGUCACUGCUCAGUGUUCUGGUCUACUUCUUCCUGCCCGAGACCUUCAGACAGCCGCUGCCCGACACCAUCGAGCAAAUGUCGCUCAAACAGCGGUUCAGUUGGCCCUGGGCCUCCAUGCCUCCUCCAAAGGAUGAUGAGAAAUUAGCUAAAGACCAGACUACUGCACCUGAGAUCACCUGCACAACUGCUCUAUAAAAAACUACGACACUGGGAGUGAUGCAUUCACUGACACCUUAUGAAUAGUAACUGCAGUUUAUUUUCUAUGCAUACAGCAGGGAGAGAUUGCUGUGCAGCAUUGAGACAACAAAGGAAACUGUUGCAAAGCUUUGCUGAAAAUAUGGAGUCACAGAAUGACUGCAUUUUUGUUUCUUUCAUUAAAGGCAGCGGAAGUUUAAAAUGGAAAUGUAUUACACAGCAGAUUAGUUCACUUGCUGUAGAUCUAGUUUACUCUGCUUCAACUCAUGGUUUGAAACAUUGGAUUGCUUGAGAUGAUAAAUAUGACAUGAAGGCGAUGAUCAGUCUCACCAUAAGGGGAAAAGAAUAUACAUUAUUAACAUGACUUUAAGAUGAAAGUUAAUUUCAUUCUGUAUGGACUUUUUAACAUACAGGUAGUACGUUGUAUUUGCUCCUGUGGCAGCAGCAGCAGCAGUGGUGUUAGCAGUAGCAAUGCUAAAUUACAAGAUUCAGAAUUGAUCAUAAAAACUUUAAUUUUUAUAAAGAAUGUAAUGUUUGGUUUCUAUCGGUACGAUGAAGGUUGUGUAUAUAUUUAUUGAUACAAACAAGUUAAUAAAGCAAA